AUGAGCAAAUAUCCUGAAUUCGCUCCACAAAACAAGGAUCUUGAUAAGGCUGAAAAGGAAUUCCUUUUCCAUUUUGGGUUCGGAAGGAAGACUAUGGAUUUGCCGAAAUUUGUCUGCGCUGGUGGAUCUCAAAACAGAAUGAAGCUGUUUGCCGAAACCUUCGCCAAAGAGUGUAAAUUAGAAUGCAGCGAGAACCUCUCCAAGACUGAUCGAUUUGUACUUUAUAAAACUGGAAAAGUUCUAUGGGUGAACCAUGGUAUGGGAUGUCCAUCGUUGAGCAUUAUGCUCACUGAGAUGUUGAAACUCAUGUACUAUGCCAAAGCAAAGGACUUCAGAUUUAUUCGUCUUGGAACAUGUGGAGGAUUAGGACUAGAAGCGGGAGUAGUGGUCGUCUCUAAAAAUGCACUCAAUCACGAGUUAAACGAAAAGUAUACACAAUGGGUUGGAGAUAAAAAGUUUGAGCGUGACGCGUAUCUCGAUGAAGAGUUGCGGAACGAAAUCAUAGCCACAGCUAAAGAACAACAGAUUCCCGUUGAAACGGGACUGACUCUAUGUUGUGACGAAUUUUACGAAGGACAAAUGCGUCUUGACAGCUUUUUGCGUGAGUAUGCACCAGAAGAAAGGCAUAUUUACUUCAAAAAAGCGUACGAUAAAGGAGUCAAAGGUAAGUGUGGCACCGAAGGUAAAGUGCCGCAAGAACAGUGA